AUGAUGAUGAUAAUUAUAUUUAUGGUGAUGAUAAUUAUGUUAAUGGUAAUAUUAAAUAUAUUUAUGAUGAUGAAAAUAGAAAAAAACUAGAAGCACAGUAUGAUUUGCGUAUGAUUCCCAUGGGACCUCUAUUUGCUAGUCAACCACGACUCGAAAAAAUAUGCAAAGAUAGAGAGAACGGGUUUCUUAAUUCAUGCUUUACAAGAUAUACAUUUAAUAGCAAUGAAAAUGAUUCAAUUACUGAAUUACAUGACAAAGCAAAUGAUCUAGAGUACUUAAUUAAUCUCUGUGGAACUACUUUAACUUGUCUAGAUGUAACAAAAUAUCCUAUUUCUCAUAUAAUGCCAAUAAUCAAUUCUAAUUGUCCAAAUCUUGAGGAGCUUUAUUUGGCAUUCAAAGAAAUAAUGAAUCAAGAUUUUGAAAAUGUUUUUUCUAAUUUGUCUCACCUCACAGAGCUGUCGAUUAAAUGGCAAUGUGAAAAUUCAACUAUACCAAUUACUUUAGCCAAGUCAUUAGAACAAAUUGGUGGAACAUUGGAAAGUUUAUAUCUUUCACGUGCCUUAAAAGAAAAUGAUAUUUGUUCACCAGAUUCAUUGGCUUCGGUAUUUCCUCGACUAAUCGCUUUGAAUAGUUUAAUUAUACGUACUUUUGGACUAAGUCAACUAUCACUCCAGUCUAUAGGUGAAAUUAAAAAUUUGGCUGAUCUGCAAUUAUACUCUUAUCGGCCGGAAAAUCAUCCAAUGUUUGAUACAAGAAUCAAUAUGUAUCCAAUUGGAAAUUUAAAAAAUCUCAAGAAGUUAUGUAUUGAUUGUGAUUAUGGUGUUAGAGAUGAAUUUUUAAUUAAUCUUUGUAAUAAUGCUAAAAAAUUAACGACUGUAUCUAUAACUGGCACAAAUAUAACUGAUAUUGGUAUGAGUGCAAUUGAUAAUUUACAGGAAUUAGAAGUUUUUUAUCUUCGUUCAACUGAUCGUGAACGGGGAUCAAAAAAAAACGAAUUUAUCACUGAUGAAUCAAUUCAAUGUUUAUUCAAUCAAAAAUUGCACAUCUUGGAUAUAUCAAGUUGUAUAAUACCACUGGUAAAGGGGUAAUUAAGCUUGCUAAAAAUUUACCAAAUUUAAGAGAUUUACAUAUUGUAAACGCAAAGGUAAGUGAAAAAACUGUCAAAAAAGUAGAGAAAUUAACAGAACAUCGUAAAGAACCACUAAUUAUACAGGAACGAAUUGAAAAUGUUGAUUGAUUAUUUUCAAAUCAUCGGUGAAAUUAAAUUAUGUUUUUUUUUUUUUUAUAUCUAAAGCUGGAAAUUAGAUUGGAAUAGAAUAUGUAUUAGUAA